UUUUUUGUUCCCAAUAAAUUUAUACAUCCAUACCCUAUAUAACCAACAACAAAAAGAUCAACAUAACUCUCGAUAUAGAACACAUAGACAAAACAACAUGGGUUUAGCCGGACAAAAAACAAAGCAACGUAUAUCAAUGGAUCCUAAUAAUCUUACCUGGAGUAAUGAUACAUCGAAAUUUGGUUUCCGUAUGAUGGCCAAGAUGGGCUGGGCUCCUGGUAAAGGUCUUGGUGUGAAUGAAGACGGCAAUCAACAACAUGUCAAGAUCAAAUUAAAGGAUGAUACUUUAGGAUUGGGUGCCAAGAAGAACCAAACUGAAAAUUGGCUAGGAAAUACUGAUGCUUUCUCUCGUCUUUUGGCUGAUCUGAAUAGUCGAGAAACAACUCCAGUGUCAAAUCCUACUGAAGAAGAAGAAGAAGACAACGAUGGCAACAAAGAUGAUACCAACCCGAGAAAACGAAAAGCAACUGAUGACGACGAAGAUGAAAAGAAGAAGAAGAAGAAAAAGGCCAAGAAGGACAAGAAAGACAAGAAGGAAAAGAAGGAAAAGAAGAAUAAAAAGGAAAAGAAGGACAAAGCUGAAAAGAAGGCCAAAAAGGAAAAGAAAGACAAAACGGAAACACCUGUCCCCAUGCCUUUGCGAAAUGCUGCCCGUGCAAAAUUCUUAAAGGCGAAACGAAUGGCAACCCAACAUGAUCCUGCAAGAUUGAACGAAAUUCUUGGUAUCAAGGCUUAAAUUAUUGCCUCAUCCAGCAUCCCCCCAAUUUAUAUAUUAUUUGUAAUUUAGAUUCACAUAUUGAUAGUUUUAUUCCUUUCUUUUUUUUUUUUUUGGCAUUUUAUCAUCUUCAUCAUAAUAUUCAUACAUAAUUUUAUUCUUAGUAUCCCAAAUAAACUUUCUCUGGCAAUUCUCUAGAAUUUUUUUUUUAUAUAUAUCAAAAUUUAAUUCAACAUUCAUAUUGUUUACUCAUGUUAGAAAUUG